GAGCCGAGACAGCCAUGGGGGAGGAGGCUCCCAGCCCCGCGCCCGCGCUCUGGGACUGGGACUACCUGGACCACUGCUUCGCCCGCCACCGUGUCUGCAUCUCCUUCGGCCUGUGGAUCUGCGCCUUUUCCUGCUGGAUCGCCGUCCACGCGCUGCUUCUGUAUCUGAGAUGUGGGAAGAAAUCCAGACGGGACCAGUCGGCACUGUUUGCUGCCUGCUGCCUCCUGACCAGCCUGUGUGACACCAUCGGGGCGAUUCUGGCCAAACAGCUCACCAUCCAGGUCUUCACUGGUGCCUACCUAGCAGCUGUUGACCUGGUGAACUUUGUGUCCAUUCUCUUCCCAGUCUGCAGCUCCAAAGUCAAGUCCAAUUCAGGUCAGGGCUCCCGGGAGAGAAAGAGGAGGCGGCAGCUCAGGGCCAGCAUAUUUGCCCUGGUCCUGCCGCUGAGCCUGGGCCCAGGCUGGGCUCUGUGGGCCGUUGUCCCGAAGGCUUCAGGCCCCAUCCUAGGGCCACAGCGGAGGCUGCUGGGAAGCCUGGUACAGGACAAUACUGAAAUCCUUGGCUACCUGCUGGGCGGCAUCGCAGCCUUGGGCUCCUGGGCUUCCCGGAUCCCCCCACUCUCCAGAAUCUGCUGGGGUAGGACAUUUCCCUCCAUCUACCUGUGGACCCGGCUCCUGUCGGCCCUGGCUGGCCUCCUCUACGCCUCAGCCAUCGUGGCCCAUGACCGGCGGCCUGAAUACCUGCUACGGGCCACACCCUGGUUCCUGACCUCCCUCGGCCGUGCAGCGCUGGACCUCGCCAUCAUUUUCCUUUCCUGGGUGAUGAAGAGCAAGAUGAGGCACGCCUUGGGGUUUGCCUCUGAAGCCAGAGAGAAUGCCGACACCCAAGCCCUUUUGACCUGUGCAGAGAAGGAGGAAGAAAACCAGGAGGCAAGGACCGAGAAUUUGGACUGGGUGCCUCUCACCACGCUACCGUACUGCAAGCCCCUCAAGAGGAUGGCAGCCAUCAGCCGCUACCUGGAGCUGACCAUUGAGCCUGUGCAGCAGGCGAGCUGCAGUACCACCAGGCUGCCUGGAGAUGGACAGACAAGCACGGGAGCCACGUCCCUGCAGGACCCCCCCUCCUACCCUCCGGUUCAGGUCAUCCGGGCACGCGUGUCCUCCAGUAGCUCCUCCCAGGUCUCCUCCAUCAACUCUGACCUCGAGCAGAAGUAUUGGGAAGCCCUAAACUCGGAGCAGUGGGAUCCUGAAGACGUAAACCUUGGAGGGAACAAAGACAACAUGGAGAUAUUCAGACCCCGGGUGCACAGGUGGUCUAUGAAGCCAGUGGACUUGACCUCUGAUAAGUAACACUUUCUGGAGCCAACUCAGUAGUAGCUCAUAGCCCAAGGUCAAGGUUUUGUCAGGAACUGAGCAGGGAUCAACCUGCAGAGACAGCCAUGGCAGGAAUUUAAGCUUCUGGCAAGGCCGCCUGUGAAAGUGAGGAACCAGGAGCUGUCACAGAGCUUGGCUGAUCUGCACCGUGGCUCAGAAUGGAGCUAAGACCUUGGGCCCUGUGGACAGACCUGGACACACCCAGAGUUUGUUCUGAAAAUUCAAAGUUCACAAACCAAUCUUGCUUUGAAAUAUAGUCUAAAAUAGUUUGGCCUCUCUUUCCCCUUUCCCUUUGGAUUCAACCCUACUCUGAAUAUCUGCUACAAACGAGUUCAUCUAACAAAAAGCUAAUAUGUUUGGAUCUUAGUAAAGCCCCACUGUGUAAGACCUGUCUAAGCCUAGAGAGAGGUGGGCCCGCGUUUGGGGGCUUUCGGACACAACCACAGGUUCUGAUGGGACCUGGCUCCUGCCCUCCAGUCACCCACUUGAGUUUUCUGCUGGAAGUUGAGAGAGGACUGUUUGAUCAACCAAGUGUUUGCAAGGUCACUGGUAUUGCAAGGGUAGCAAAGCAAAGUACUCUAGGUACCAGGACUUGCUCCAGACUGGCCCAGUGUGUGCUGG